CGUCGCAUUCACAGAAAAUCUAUUUCUCUCUCUAUAAUCUAAACGCUCUCGGCUCUCCCUCUGUAACCAUCCCAGCCCAAGGCGUGUUUCUGCUUCGAACCCUCUUCAUCUUCAGCACUCCGUUUUGCAUUAUCGGACUAGCCCUCGAAUCUCCUGCACUAUUGAAAAGAAAUCAUGCAAAUCAUGGAGCCUGUUAUAUGUUUUUUUCCCAAAUGUGACAGUAUAUUAUAGAGAGGUUAUUCCGUAUCCAUGGGGUCUUAUGGUAAGCUCAAAGAUGCUGUUGGAAGAGAUCCAGAUUUUGGUGCAAUUUUUAUGACAAGUAAUGCAACACUACAAGAAUGUUUCCAAAGAAGAUUAUUUGGCCUCCCAUCUAGUUAUAUCCCAUUUGUAAAACAGGUUAAAGCAGGAAUGCUUUUAUUUCUGUUUGAGUAUGAUAAGAGAGAGCUAUAUGGUGUAUAUAAGUCAUGUUGUGAUGGUGCCAUGAAUAUUGUGCCUAGCGCCUUCAGUUCAUCAGGGAGGCAAUUUCCUGCUCAGGUUGAAUUCAAUCCAAUUUGGGACUGUAAACCUCUCAAAGAAAACAAGUUUCGGGAUGCAAUCAGAGAAAAUUACUUUUCACCAAACAAGUUCCAUUUUGGGCUAUCGGAAAAACAGGUUCAUAGACUUCUAGAUUUGUUCAGCAAGAGAAAGCUUCCUGGGAGACAAUUGAAACCUGAGCAUUAUCCUUUGGGUAAAGUUGGAAGAUCUGUUGGUGGUCGCAUGGGUGCAUUAAUGGUUGAAAAUGAGCAAGAUGCAGUUGCUGGCACUUUACCCUUGACAAUGCAUAACUACCGAAGAGGUUCCUUUUAUUACGCUGGAGAAGUUGAUGAUGAAGGGCAUUCUAUAGGCAUGCAGCCCAGGCCAGCAAUCUCAGGUUGUCUCUCUGGAAAUUUUCCUGGUGUAGUGACAGGUCAUGAUGAUAGGUUACGUGUGAGUGAGAGGCUAUUGAGCAAACACAAUGCAAAACUUGGUCAGAGAUUUUUUAAUGAUAGUCCUAGUGUGCAUGAUUCCAAUGUCGGUUCAUUUUUCUUUCCAAGUAAGCCCAUGUUAGAUCCUGAUUCUCUGGUUCAAAAUCAACUUGUGGCAACUUCUGCUAUGCCUCACUCGAUCCAGGCACAGAUCUCAGACAAUUUUUGUGUAGCACAAGGAAAUCUAAGUUCCAAGAGCAUCCUUCUCUGUGAUCCUGAUGCCCCUAGUUCGAAUAUUAGGCAGCUGUCAUCUGUUAGGAUUAGGAUUAAUGAUGGUUGUAAGCCAAUAGGAGAAAAUGCUUCUCCAUCAAACAAUUAUAGAAGAAAUAUCAUGCAUUCUCUGGAUGAUCAACCAUCUUAUGUUCAUGCAGAGAUGAAAGAUACAAACCAUUCUCACGGUUGCAGCUAUGGCCUUGAUGAUCCCCUUUCCUUUGAAAAUAAUGUGACUAGCAUGACCUUGUGUGCAGCUCAGAAUUCCAAACGGCUUGCAACUAAGCCUGUUGAGUAUGAAGGUCUUGACAGCUCUCCUUUUAAGUCAUCAUCAGGUCUCCUCCCUCAAUUGGAUAUUGGAAACAGUGGCUGGGGUUCCGAGUCAUAUUCUUCCUUGUGUGACAAGUACAAUACACAUUUAAGCGAUGAUUAUUUCUCCAUAGCAUUGCAAGAAAAUCUGGGUCAUGAUGAAAUGACUUUGCAGAAGAACAAUGAAGCUUGUUCUGCUAUGCCUUGGGAAAAUGAGGGUCUUUCUCAAAUCCAUUAUGGUGAUCCAUUAUUUCCUGAACGUGAUCCUGAUUUUGAAUGUUAUGGGAAUUCUGGAAGUUCUUAUUCUGGUUAUAAGAACAAAAAUAGCGUGUUUUCUCGGUUAUCUUUUGUGCAUCCUUCUAACAACAAAAAAUAUGGAAGCAAUCACAGCCAAGUGGGAUCUGAUGUCUGUUCUUUGAAUUCGGUGGAUGAAGUAAUGGACGUGGUUCGACAAAGUUGCAACCAACGGGGGAUGAAGAGAAAGAUCAAUCCAUGGGUUAAGCUCAACAAAGCUGAACGUUUGAGGGAUCGAAAAAUCAGAAGCUCAAGGUCAACAAAAGCUUCCUCUGGGAAGAGUUUGGAUGAUACAAGUAUGGAUAUCGUGAUUGCUGCAGGUGACAGUGAAACUAAUCAAAUAGAUGAAGAUGCGCUUUUUGUGGAUUUCAAGCGUCGCAGUCAGGUAAGGAGAAAUAAUGAAACUCACAUUAAAGGCUCUGAUGAGAGUGCAAGUGAAACUAAUCCAAUAGAUGAAGAUGCACGUUUUGUGGAUUUCAAGCGUCGCAGUCAGGUAUGGAGAAAUAAUGAAACUCACAUUAAAGGCUCUGAUGAGAGUGUUAGGAGUGAUAACUUACAGACAGUGAAACAAAAGAAAAGAAAGUUGAUCCGCCCAAAUUUUAGCAAGAGCACAACUCCUGAUGACAACAAGGGCAUCAAUCUUGGUAGUCAAAAUUUGCAAGUAUCAUCAUCACUUGGAAGUUUGGAGCCCAAGGAUGAUACUAAAAGCUGCGAGGCUGUGAGUCGAAUUGAUGAAAACCUCAAAAUAGUUGGUAAAGAACUGACUUUGGAUUGUCAAAAGCAUUUUGAAGACAAAAGUGAUCACUCUAGAAGUGUAAACUCCGAAGAAGGAGGAAAACCAAGGGAAGGGUGGUUCAUACCUAAGAUAGGAUUAAACGAUGGAUCAGGAUGUCCAGAGCGCUUGCACAACCAAAAUACUUCCUCUUCAGCCUUUUGCGAAGCCAGGAAUUUUAAUAGCAACGAAGGUUUAUGUGUCAGGGAUGACAGAAAGCCUAUAUUUUCAGACACUGAAAUACAACAUUCAAUUUGUCAAGCACACAAUGAAGAAAAGGUCAUAGGUGCUAGUGGAUGUAUCAACACUGGAGAAGGAAUUCUACAAGAUGGCAAGCAGCUCCUUCCUACUGAAGUUCAAGAUGCACCUGAAUCUGAAAAGAACUCUGGUGAUGCAAAUGCUUCAAAUUUGACUUGUGAAAAGAGCAACUGUAAUAUUGAGAAGGGCUCAAAUAUGAAUCAUGAAUCCCCAGAAGCGAGUGGAGUAGCAGAAAUUUCAGAAACGUGCGAAGAUGGCUUUGAAAAGAAGAAAGGCACAUCUGUCCUUGACCAAAAAUGUUGAUAGACCUCUCUGUUAUUUGGAGAAGCUGCUAUUGGUGGUAGGGUGCCAGACUACAGUAAUAGCAUUUUAGAUUUAGUGGGAAUUAGCUUCGAUGUAAACAAAGCAGGUUGGGGAAAAGAAACUAAUACGCAAGAAGAAUAUCCGUGUUUUGGAAGCUUUCUCCUGUCUCUAGAAUUUACAGUGCCUUAUGGAGACUAAUCUGCAAAGAUGUUCUUUUUUCUUUUUCUUUUUUUUUUUUUUCGGUGGGGGUUGUCAAUUAGCUUAGGCGGGGAUUUUUUGGGGGUUGAUGUAAAUGAUCGCUGUCUAAAGUCAGUUAAGUCACUUGGGAAAUGGAAUUUGCAUUGCAUGUCAAUACUUUUUUGUCCGGAACAUUGCAUGGCAAGUUUGAUUCAUGGUUGUUUCUCUGUGCUGUGGAUUGGUUCUCUGUUAUGGCCGUGGAUUCAGUGAGCUGGCGCUGUUUGAACAGAAUCUUUACUGUAAGGUUGCCUUGUUUGGCACUAGUGUUCUCCUGUGAAGAAUGCCAUGAGAAAUUAUAAAGAAGUGACGCCUCUGGUAUUAGUAUUUUUUUAAUUUAA